AUGCGCAUAUUUGCCAUUUGGAUUGUGUGGGGAGCAUGCCUAAUAGAUCCCAAUCAUGGAGAUACCGUCACACAAUCGCUGCCGUCAGCACAGAAGGUAGAAGGAGAGUCGCUGACUUUCAGCUGCACCUAUGAAACCGCAGACGUGGGCUACAACUUAUUUUGGUACCGGCAUCAUCAGGACUCAAGGCCAGAGUUCAUACUGUAUAAAUAUUCAAGUGCAAGCGAGGGUAAAGCUGAUUUUGCAGGCGAUCGCUUCUCUGCCCAGCUCCAGACCGAUAGAAAAUUAGUCAGUUUAACCCUUUCGGGGCUGGAGCUGAGCGACACUGCAGUUUAUUACUGCGCCUUUCGCCGCACAGUGGUGGAAACCAGUGAAGCCUUCCAACAAAAACAUCAGCUUCUGCUUUGCCUACUGCAGCGAGAUACGUCUGCACCGCGCUUGCUGGUUGUGGUUUCCCGCCGCCUGAGAAUUCUUCCCUACUCACUCAGUUUCUCUCGAGACAAGUAUCCUGGCAAACUGCAGAACGAGAGCGGUAGAUGGGGCUUCCUGCUGCAAAUGCCGCCCUCAGCACGGAGCACAGAAAGGAAGUUGGUCGGUUUCAGCUGCGCCGAUGACACCGCAAGCCGCCCUCGAGAGAAACUGAGUAAGUUCGGAAGAAUUCUCAGGCGGCGGGAAACCACAAACAGCAAGCGCGGGUCAGACGUAUCAAGCUGCAGCAGGCAAAGCAGAAGCUGA